UCAAAACAAAAGUGACAGCGCGACCUGCGAGUGCGGAACCUUCUGCUGCUGCUGGUGUCAUUUUGGUGCUGCUCUUUGCCAGCUAAAAUUCAACUAACUCGGAAAAACGAUGGCAAGCCGUGAAGCCGUCCGUCGAGCGGUCCAGAACGUCCGGCCGAUUCUUUCGGUGGACCGCGAGGAGUCCCGCAAGCGCGUCCUGAACCUGUACAAGGCCUGGUACCGCCAGAUACCGUACAUCGUGAUGGACUACGACAUCCCGAAGUCGGUGGAACAGUGCCGGGAGAAGCUGCGGGAGCAGUUUCUGAAGAACAAGGACGUCAGCGACAUCCGGGUGAUCGAUAUGCUUGUGAUUAAGGGCCAAAUGGAGCUUAAGGAGUCGGUUUCGAUCUGGAAGCAAAAGGCCCACCUCAUGCGCUACUGGAAGGAAUCCGAGGAGCCGAAACCCACCGACUUCCUGUCGAAGUUCCUGUCCGGUCAUAACUAAGCGAAGCGCAGCAUAUGGAUCUAGUUGAAAUGAAAGAAAGUGUUGAAUAAAAAUAAUCCGUACCGUA